ACAAGUUGGAGGCAUGGAGGUUAUAAAUGGAAGGGGGGUGGAAAGGCGAGGAAGGAGUGGGAGAAGCAAGCAUGGAGUGGCGAGUGGGGGUGUGGAUAUGGUGCGUGGUGGCGGUGGGGACGGCGGCGUGGUGCGACGGCGAUGAGUUCACACACCGGAAACUGGGGGCUCUGCAUCCCAAAUCCACGAGCAAUACCUCGUCUAGCAACUCCUCCUACGCUGUGAUACUUGACAGCGGCAGCACCGGCACCCGCCUUCACGUCUUCCACUUCAACCAGAGCUUAAAUCUGCUUUACAUCGGCGACGAUUUUGAGUACUACUACAAGGUGACGCCGGGGCUGAGUUCGUACUCGAGCAAUCCGGAGGAGGCGGCAGAAUCGGUGAUGCCGCUGCUGACGAAAGCGGAGAGUGUGAUUCCGGAGGAGUCUCGCUCCGUCACCCCCCUCCGCCUCGGGGCCACUGCGGGUUUGAGAUCUUUAGACACCAAUACUUCUGGACUCAUCUUGCAAGCCGUGAGGGAUGUCGUGAAGAGCAAUACCUCAUUCGAGGUGGAGUCAGAUGACGCGAUAGCCAUUCUCAGUGGAAACCAAGAAGGAUAUUAUCUAUGGGUGACGGUGAACUAUCUGCUGAAUAAGCUGGGCGAAGAGUAUCCAAACACGAUAGGAGUGGCAGAUCUGGGAGGAGGAUCGGUUCAGAUGGCUUAUGCCAUCUCAGAGGAUGUGGCUGCCAAUGCUCCCUCUAAUGCCCCUAAUGGAGACGCUUACGUCACUAAGAUUUACCUCGGCGGAUCCUUGUAUCACAUCUACGUUCACAGUUACUUGAACUUCGGUAAAGAAGCAUCCCGUGCAGAGAUCUUAAAUCUGACCGGUGAUUCUGACAACCCUUGUAUUUUAACCGGCUUCAAUGGGACCUACGAAUACGAAGAUGUUGAGUACAGAGCGUCGGCGCCGGCGAACGGGUCAAGCUUCAGUGAAUGCAGGAACACAGUUCUGAAGCUUUUCGACUUUAACACCACGUGUGCACACAAGAACUGCACAUUUGGGGGCGUUUGGAACGGUGGAGGCGGACCAGGCCAGAAACAGCUUUACCUCGCCACUUCCUUCUAUUACCUCGCCGUUCAGGCAGGUUUUGCAGACCCGAACAAAACGAGCAGCGAGGUUCGUCUAAUAGAUUACAAGAUAACAGCAGAGCUUGCUUGCAAGACAACAUACGACGAGGCCAAUACUACUUUCCCACUGAUAGACGAGGACGUGCUGGCAUAUACGUGCAUGGAUCUUGUAUACCAGUACACCUUGCUGGUCGAUGGAUUUGGUCUGGAUCCAUGGGAAGUGGUGACGGUCGUGAACCAGAUAGAAUAUGAAGGUUCCUACUUGGAUGCAUCGUGGGCCCUGGGCAACGCCAUUGAAUCUAUUUCUUCUUUAUCUGCAUUCAAACCAUUAAUGUACCUCGCAUAAUAAGUAUGCUAUAUCUAAUUAUAUCAUCUGUGCUGAAGGGAAGAGCUAAAUGUAUGAGCCCACUUCUCAAACAUGCAUGACCAUGAUGUUUUCAAUAAAGCUCCUUUUUCCCCCUCUA